UGGGCAAAAUAUAUAGAAAGACUAAUAUACCCUUAUUAAAUUUAAAAAGAAAAGGAAAAGAUAUAGAAAUAUUGGAACUUCAUCUCUCUCACUACCAUUUUUCUCGGUUGAAACAAAAGGCAAAAGAAUAGAAACUUGCCAAUAGAAACCCUCUUCACGCCCAAUAGCUCGAUCUCUCCCAGUCUGAAACUUGCCAGCGCGCGGCAGCGAGUCUUCCAUGUCCGGCGAGCCCUCCAUGGCCGACAGAACUCCCUCUCUCUCGUCACUUUGAAAUUCUCGGCGAGCUCUCUAUUUCCAGCUAAAUCCCUUCGUUUUCGGCUCUCUUUCCGGCAAAAUCCUUCUCGAAAUCCCACCCUCUGGCGAAAUCUCCUCCACCGACGCUCUAGCAAUGAGCACUAAUUCUUCGCCGUCUAAGUCGACGGUGGAAGGAGAGCUGCCGAACUCGCUACUGCCGCAGACGAAAUGUGACUCCAAAAGGCGACCUCCGCCGAAGUCAGCGGCCGAUGAAGAGUCGGCGACGGCGGAGGAGGAGACCACUGCUGCAGAGGAUGAAGUAUUAGCACCGGCGAACGAACCACAUCCUCCGCCUAGGUUUACAUGGGCGAGACCAUUAAUGCAAGGAUAUAAGGGCCGUAUCAACCAAUAUGUGCGCGAUGAGGUUGUGGAGCAUGUGAGGUUGACAUUAGAGGAAGUAGGUGGCGAGGAAGCUAUUGAGAGAUUCAAGGAAGGUCCAUUUGGUCAUUUCCUUGAUUUGAGGAUAGGAAAUAGUGCUAAUAAUGCGCUACAUGAGCUUAUGGCCCACGAGCUAGAAGAUGCUACCUUCUCAGAGCAGGAGAGAUGGUUUCACAUUGGUGGAACUGAUAUUGUAUUCACUGCACCUAAUAUUAAAGGUAAAACAUAA